AACACACUGCAUCUAUUCUGUUACAAGAAGAGACGGGGAGAUCGGUGAUUGACAAUCGUUCUAUACACGGGAACGAGUCUCGGAAGGUGGUGCUGAAAGGGACAGCUCCCUGAUCUGCCCGGCUCUGAAGCAGCACAGAUCCGCUGGAGCGCUAGGGAAGGAGCGUGGUGCUGAAAGAACAUCUCCCGUUCACAAAGGGCUGAAGGACUGAUCCAGAACAGCCUUCAUCGCUGGACUAUGACCACGUUCUAACCAUCACCCAUUAGAUAUGCUUUUAGGCAAAUGCCUCUUUCACCUUCCGUGGCUGAUGUUUAUUGUGCUGACGCCUGUUUCCAGUAACUCUGAAUGGCAGUGGAGCUAGAGGGUCAUCUCCCAAUGCCUUCAUUCCUAUUGUCUUCUUCUGUUUGGUCCUUGCAGUAGGUGCCGCUCUGUGCUUGUUCUGCUUGGUGUAAAUGCUUGACUUCAGUUGGGAUGCCCUGAUGCUGGGUCUCCACAGAUUUCAUGGCGGUGGCACGGAAAAUCAAAACUUUGCUGACUGUGAACAUACUGGUGUUCGUGGGGAUCAUCUUGUUUUCGGUAUACUGCAGGAUCCAGGACAGGUCCCAGGAGCUGGUGCAGAUUGUAAGAAGUUCUGAUCGCAGGGUGAGGAGCAGAAACACCAAAGUGGGGGCCUUGGUGGAUCGGGAGUCCAUUCUGCAGAGACUUGACCACCUUGAAGAAGUAGUUUAUAACCAACUAAAUGGAUUAGCUAAACCGAUGGGGCUUGUGGAAGGUCCAGGAGGGAUUGGACAAGGAGGAAUGGCUGCAACCUUGAGAGAUGACAGCCAUGAAUCAGAGACUAAAUAUGAAGAAUAUGGUUAUAAUGCACAGCUCAGUGACAGGAUCUCUUUGGACAGGUCGAUUCCUGACUAUCGACCUAAAAAAUGCAAACAGAUGAGCUACCCAGACAACUUGCCACAGAUUGCAGUGGUCUUUAUCUUUGUGAAUGAAGCUUUGUCUGUUAUCCUACGGUCUGUCCAUAGUGUGGUCAACCAUACCCCUUCUCAUCUGCUGAAGGAAAUCGUACUGGUGGACGAUAAUAGUGAUAAUGUUGAACUGAAAUUUAACUUGGACCAGUACGUUAAUAAAAGGUAUCCAGGGUUGGUGAAAAUUGUACGUAAUACAAGACGGGAAGGAUUGAUUCGCGCUCGGAUUCAGGGGUGGAAGGCGGCUAGUGCUCCAAUUGUUGGAUUUUUUGAUGCCCAUGUGGAAUUCAACACUGGCUGGGCUGAGCCAGUAAUAACACGAAUCAAGGAAGACCGCAAACGAGUAAUUUUACCCGCAAUUGACAAUAUAAAGUACAAUACUUUUGAAGUACAACAGUACGCCAAUGCUGCUCAUGGCUAUAACUGGGGCUUAUGGUGCAUGUAUAUCACCCCACCUCAGGAUUGGCUUGAAAAAGGAGAUGAAUCGGCGCCUAUCAGGACUCCAGCCAUGAUCGGCUGCUCUUUUGUGGUGGAUAGAGCAUAUUUUGGAGACAUUGGACUUCUAGAUCCCGGCAUGGAAGUGUACGGGGGAGAAAAUAUUGAACUGGGCAUGAGAGUAUGGCAGUGUGGUGGAAGCAUGGAAGUCUUACCUUGCUCCCGAGUUGCCCACAUUGAACGCACAAAGAAGCCUUAUAAUAAUGACAUUGACUACUAUGCAAAACGCAAUGCCCUGCGAGCCGCUGAGGUGUGGAUGGAUGAGUUCAAGUCCCACGUCUACAUGGCAUGGAAUAUACCCAUGACAAACCCUGGAGUGGACUUUGGUGAUGUCUCAGAAAGGUUGGCUCUUCGACAAAAACUACAAUGUCGUAGCUUUAAAUGGUACUUGGAGAAUGUGUAUCCAGAGAUGAGAGUGUACAAUAACACAAUAACCUAUGGAGAGCUUCGAAACAGCAAAGCAACUGGUUACUGUUUAGAUCAAGGAUCAGAAGAUGACAACAAAGCCAUUCUGUACCCCUGUCACGGCAUGUCCUCACAGCUGGUACGUUAUAGCAUGGAAGGCCUGCUGCAACUUGGCCCCCUGGGUUCCACAGCCUUUUUACCUGAUACAAAGUGUCUGAUUGACGAUGGCAAAGGAAGAACUCCAACCCUAAGGAAGUGCGAUGACAUUCCAAGGCCUACUCAGAAGCUCUGGGAUUUCACACAGAACAGCCCCAUUGUAAGCCGAGACACUGGUCGCUGCCUGGAAGUAGAGAUGUCCAAGGAUGCUAAUUUUGGACUACGGCUGGUAGUGCAAAGAUGCUCAGGGCAGAAAUGGAUAAUAAGAAACUGGAUAAAACAUGGUCGAAAUUGAUGCUUAUUCCCACUUAGACACAACAUAUACAAAAAGUGAUGCCUUCUUGGAUCAGUGUGGCAAUAGAGGACAUAUAGUAUUUGCGGACCUCUGGACAAAGCAUGAUAAUGGACCCUUCACCAAGUACGCUGGUUGCAAUGGAUCUUCUAUGGAAAGUCUAUCAAAAAUACUGAAGGUUUCGAAAACAUUGAAGUGUAUUAUAAGUUUAAAGAAUGACAUGGGUGAAAUAAUUACUUUUCUGCUGGUACACUUCAUGUUACAGACUGGUGCACAACUCCUACAAUGAAUUAUCAUGUGCCUUUUUAUUGUACUUCCUAUACAAGAAAACAAAGCAUCCCUCCCAUCAGCAUGUAUGAUUAUUUGUGCUAAUUAAUAUGUAAAUAUAAUGCAGAUGUAAAUUAGCAAUAAUCACCAAUGGGCUAGGCAAAAGCUAAUACUCUACAUUGUUUUU